GUGUGCUACUCAGAGACCGCGUGUCACAGCACUCAACACCGCGUCUUCUUAGCCAUGACCACCGAGUCGAUCACAUUCAAUCACAUUCUGGGACAGGGCCGCGUCAAUCAGCUUGGCGGUGUCUUUAUCAAUGGUCGUCCCCUACCCCAGGCUGUUCGCGUUCAAAUUAUUGAAAUGGCUUCUAAAGGAGUGAAGCCAUGCCAUAUCAGCCGCCAACUGCGAGUUUCUCACGGAGCUGUAUCGAAGAUACUGAAUCGAUAUGCAGAGACGGGAUCGAUCUCCCCUGGACAGAUUGGUGGCAAUCCAAGAUCAAAGAUCUCCGUGCAGUCGAUUGAGAAGCAGUUGAUGCUCACCUAUGAAGAGAAUCCAAAACUUUGUGCAGCAGAAUUGAGGCAGUUGUUGAUUGAACAAGAAGUGUGCUCCCGGGCCACGGCACCAACGGUUGCCUCAAUAAAUCGCUUCAUUCGUGGUAAGGGAUGGAACCGGGAGAAGAAGCAAGAGAAAAAACGUCUCAACCACAGUAUCGACAGCAUCCUUGGCAUCUCAAUGGAUUCGGACGGGAAAUUGUCGUCAUCGGAUGACGAUUCGUUCUCACCGUCGGAGUCUCGUCGAAAUCGCACCUCGUUCACCGCAGAGCAGCUGGAGACGUUGGAAAAUGCAUUUAAGGCGAAUACUUACCCAGAUGCAACGGAAAGGGAAGCAAUUGCCAAGAAGACGGGACUUACCGAGGAGAAGAUUAUGACAUGGUUCUCUAACAGACGAGCGCGAUGUCGAAAGCAUCUACCCAUGUACCCGUCGAUUUUUCCCACAGUCGUUCCUACUCCCCAAUCUUCGGCAGCCCUGUUUCCGAUGCCUCCAUCACUUCCCUUGUUCAUGCCCACCGGUCCCCUACUCUUUCCAGCAUUCCCGCAACCUGAGCUGCCGACAUAA